AUUCAAUCUAAACUCAAAGACAACGAGUGAACCUCCUCGGCACACGGCUCCGCGUCUGGGACGCUGCGACCACAGAGGGUGCUGUCAGCUUAAACGCCGACAUGAGUUCCCAGUGGGUGGGAAACUGGAGACCGCACCGGCCUAGAGGACCGAUUGCAGCUUUGUACAGCAGUCCCGGUCCUAAGUAUGGACUCCCCAGUUCAAUAGGUUAUUCCCAGCAUGACACUACAAAAUACAAGUCUCCAGCAUACAGCUUUGGAGUACCUCACGCCAGAUUCACCGUGGACAGCUCACCAGGUCCAGCCUACCUCAUCCCAUCGCUGCUCACUAGGACAGGAAAGGAUGGGGCUCCAGCCUAUUCCCUCUACGGUCGACCAAAGGACAACAAUCCAUUCCAGACCCCAGGUCCAGGUACCUACUCCCCAGAGAAGGCUGGGAAGUCAACCUUCAGUGCAGCUCCUUCAUUUUCCAUCGCUGGGAGGACAAAAGGUUUCAGGACUGACCAGUCACCAGGUCCUGCAGCCUACUUACUACCUUCUGUACUAGGCCCGAACAUUGUAAGCAAAUCGUCUUCCGCCAAUUUCUCCCUUAGUGGACGGAGUAAAGUUGGCAGUUUCCAUGAGGACUUCCAGAAGACUCCAGGACCUGGUGCAUAUAAAGUCACUGAUCCCAGUAUGUACAAACACAAACCACCUCAGUACAGCAUAAUUGGCAGGAACCAGCUGCCCAGUGAUGCAACAAGGAAACCAGGGCCUGGGAGUCACAGUCCAGAGAAGGUUGUAGUAAAUCGCAAUGUAGCCCCAGCAUUCUCCUUUGGCAUCAGGCAUUCAGAGUACCUGACACCAGUUAUCGUCAAUACUGUGUAACAAUGCAAGUUCCUCACUACUUAUAAAAUGUUUUAAAACAAUUGUAUACAAUUUGCUGUAUUCUGAUCUAAGUUCCAUCCGUUUGAAAAGUUUCUCCUCUGGUUGAAGAAGUUACCGCAUCUUUUGUAUUACAUUUGAAACAUUCUGUGUAUACCAUUUAGGUCAUGUAUUCGUUUAAAAGAAACAAAAAGUUACCAGGUGAUGGAGUCUGUGUUUGUGAUUCCACCACACUAUGGUGGGACGUGGGCCUGUUCUGUGACUCUUUCGUACUAUGUUGGGAAGUGGGUUUGUCUGUGAUCCUUCCAUGAGUUAUAUCUAUGUUUUCCCCAAACAAUGAUGGGAAGCACGUCUGGUCUACGAUUCACAUAUAUUCAUGCUCAUUCGCGCAUUACUCAUGCUGCUCUGAGUUGCAAAGUACAACCAGACACUUUCGCAGAGGAUGAAAAUAAAUGAUAGAGCAAAUCGUUGAACUAAAUUAGAUAAACAUGUUAUGUGUGUGGACUUCUGACAAAAGACCAAUCUGAAAUAUUAACUCGGGAGAGAAAAACGCUGUUACUGCCUGACCUAAGUAUUUCCGUCAUUUACUUAUUUUAAAAUUUCAGACUUCCAGUAUCUGUCCCAUAUUUUACUUUUAAUUUGCUAGAUUUUAAAAGUUCCUUGAUACAAGCAAUGCAGAAGUCAGAAUAACUCCGUCUGAUUCAUUUUAUAGCAUGUGCUGGGGAGGACUUCCCAUAAACACUCAUUCAAUCAAAUUCACAGACUGGAGGCCAGGCAAAGGACAGAGCAGUCAGUCACAGACCACAUAUAGAGAUCUUUCCAUCAAAGUAGAUCUGUGCUACAAUCUUCAACAUCUGUGAAUUAGCCCAGAAAUAUUAUUAUCCAGCACUGCCCCUAAAUAUGAUAAAAUUUGUGCAUUGGUAAACUGCAAUUCCUCAAGUGACAUAAGAUUCUAACUGGCACAUCAAUAAGUUAUAGAGCGGGAUGAACACAGAGGAGCAGGAAAGAUGCUCCUGUGAUGCUGUUUGGCCUGCUGUGUUCAUCCAGAUCUGUAUUGUGUUAUCUCAGAUUCUCCAGCAUCGGCAGUUCCUACUAUCUACAUCAACAAGUUACACUGGUCCAAUAAUUCUUACCAAGGUUUACUCACUGAGGCAAAACUGAUCAGGAUAUUUGAAACUGAGUUGUAUUCUGCAAUGUGUUGGAUUGCAAAUGAAAGUCAAACCUCUGAAUUAAAGGAAUAGUUUAAUUGCAAUACCGUGAACUGUUGAAUAAACCAUUUAAUAUGA